GAUGGCCAACAACGUUCACAUGAGCGGGCUGCUCAGCCGCCACGACGAUGAAGCCACCAGGACCUCCACCUCCGAGGGCCUGGAGGAGGGCGAGGUGGAAGGGGAGACUCUGCUGAUCGUGGAGUCCGAGGACCAGGCUUCCGUGGAUCUAUCGCACGACCAGAGCGGGGACUCCCUGAACAGCGACGAGGGCGAAGCGUCCUGGAUGGAGGAGAUGUCCUAUUACUGUGAGAAGUGCCAGAAGUGGAUCCCAGCAAGUCAACUGAGAGAACAGCUCAGCUACCUCAAAGGAGAUAACUUUUUCAGAUUUACUUGCUCUGAUUGCUCAGAAGAUGGGAAGGAGCAAUUUGAACGUCUGAGAUUAACAUGGCAACAAGUUGUCAUGUUGGCAAUGUACAACUUGUCUCUGGAAGGAACGGGCCGUCAGGGCUACUUCAGAUGGAAAGAAGACAUUUGUGCUUUUAUUGAAAAACACUGGACUUUCUUAUUAGGGAACAGGAAAAAGACCUCAACAUGGUGGAGCACAGUUGCUGGCUGUCUGUCUGUGGGGAGCCCCUUGUUUUUCCGCUCGGGGGCACAGGAGUUUGGAGAACCAGGAUGGUGGAAGCUGGUUCACAACAAACCUCCAACACUGAAACCUGAAGGAGAGAAGCUGUCAGCAUCUGCACUGAAGGCAAAAGCAGCUUCCAAGCCCCCGCUGGAUCCCAUCAUUACCGUGGAAGGCCUUCGGAAGCGGGUGAGCCGCAAUCCAGUGGAGUCAGCCAUGGAGCUGAAGGAGAAGAGGUCCCGCACUCAGGAAGCCAAGGACAUUCGGAGAGCCCAGAAGGAGGCGGCCGGGUUCCUGGACCGCAGCACUUCCUCCACGCCCGUGAAGUUCAGCAGCCGCUGCCGCCGGCCCGACAUCGUCCUGGAGAAAGGAGAGGUCAUCGACUUCUCCUCCCUGAGCUCGUCCGACCGCACGCCUCUGACCAGCCCCUCUCCGUCCCCGUCCCUGGACUUCUCUGCUCCCGGCACUCCCGCCUCGCACUCGGCCACUCCCAGCCUGCUCUCGGAGGCGGAUCUCAUCCCGGACGUCAUGCCGCCACAGGCACUCUUCCAUGAUGAUGAGGAGAUGGAAGGAGAUGGAGUCAUAGACCCAGGAAUAGAGUAUGUGCCCCCUCCCAGUGGGACAGCUGGUGCUGGCACCAUGCUAGCAAGCAGGAAAAAAGUGAAGACAGCCGAGCAGAUCAAGCAAGAGGUGGAGAGUGAAGAAGAAAAAACAGAACGGAUGGAAGGUGACAGUGAAGAUCCUGAAGAGUCAAACACACCUCUGCAGGUGAGAGGACGAGACAAGGGGAAGUCACAGCUGGAGAAGGAUGCUAAACCCAGAGUUCCCAAGCACACCUCAGUUAGCAUCUAUGAGGAAAAGCUGCUGCUGAAGAGGCUGGAAGCCUGUCCCAACGCUUUGAGCAUGACGCCAGAGGCCCGGAGGCUGAGGCGCAAGCUGCUGGUCAGGCAGGCCAAGAGGGAGAGAGGACUGCCACUCUUUGACUUGGACCAGGUUGUGAAUGCUGCUCUGCUCCUGGUUGAUGGGAUCUAUGGAGCCAAAGAAGGUGGUGUCUCUAGGUCCCCAGUAGGGCAAGCGACAUACAGAACUACUAGCCAGGACUUCAGGAUCUUGGACAGAUACCAGACGAUGCUGCCCACCACGAAGGGAUACCGCCAGCAGACAACCAAGUUUCUGUACCGCCUGGUAGGCUCGGAAGACCUGCUGACAGACCACAGUAUUGUCAGCCCUUACACCUCCCGAGUCCUUAAACCUUACAUCAGACGUGAUUAUGAGACAAAGCCUCCAAAACUCAGGCUGCUGGCAGAAAUCCGGGCGAAUCCACACAGGAAUGAUCUCAACUGGAAGGCUGAGCCAGAAGCACCCAUUGAUUACUGCUAUGUUCGCCCUAAUCACAUCCCCACUAUAAACUCCAUGUGCCACGAAUUCUUCUGGCCUGGAAUUGAUUUAUCAGAGUGCCUGCAGUACCCAGACUUCAGUGUUGUUGUCCUUUACAAGAAAGUUAUCAUUGCCUUUGGCUUUAUGGUGCCAGAUGUGAAGUACAACGAAGCUUACAUCUCUUUUCUCUUGGUGCACCCUGAGUGGAGAAGAGCUGGGAUUGCAACCUUCAUGAUUUACCAUCUUAUCCAGACCUGCAUGGGCAAGGACGUCACCCUUCACGUCUCUGCAAGCAACCCUGCUAUGCUGCUCUACCAGAAGUUUGGAUUUAAGACUGAGGAGUACAUUUUGGAUUUUUAUGACAAGUACUACCCCUUGGACAGCAAGGAGUGCAAGCACGCCUUCUUCCUCAGGCUGCGGCGCUGAGCUGCGGGAGGGCUCUGGGGAAAAGCCCAAUCCAUCCAAAAAACUCCCCAGCUUUUGGUGGAGGAUGUUGGCUGCCACAGGAGAGCUGGAACACGCUGGUGUGUUUAUCCCUAGGACUUUGGAUGUCAACGGUGAGAUGAUGUGUGUGGAAAACGCAAUCCAAAAGGAUUGAUUCCUGUGCUCCAAGGGGAGAGGCCUGGAAAUGCCAACUAGGAUACACUGAAACCACUGGAAAAUUGAAAUUCCUUAUGGGGAAUUUUCCUGCCACUACUUUGGAGAGCCUCAUUAGCAAACAAAAAUACCAAACAAAAAAGUGUUUCUCAUUUCAGAGGGGCCCCAUGGAUUUCAAGUUUUGAAACCUGUCCAAAAAAAUGUUGCAGGUUUUUUGUCUCUGUUUUUGUUUAUUAGCAAAAAUGAACACCUAAACUUAAA